CCCCCACCCCGAAGCCGCCAUGUGGCCCCUGGCCGCGGUGAUCUCCGUGCUGACCGUGGCCUCGACGGGCGGUGUCUCCAGGGACCACCCCAAGAUCAUCAAUGGCACCAACGGGACCAGCGGGUUCCUCCCAGGCGGCUACCCCUGCCGCCCCCACUCCCAGCCCUGGCAGGCUGCCCUGCUGGUGCAGGAGCGGCUGCUGUGCGGGGGCGUCCUGGUCCACCCCAAGUGGGUGCUCACGGCAGCGCACUGCCUGAAGAAGUACUACACAGUCCGCCUGGGGGAGCACAGCCUGAAGUAUAAGGAAGCGUCCGAGCAGGACAUGGCGGUGGCCCAGUCCAUCCCGCACCCCUGCUACAACCGCAGCAGCGAGGACCACAGCCACGACCUCAUGCUCAUCCGGCUCCGUGGCCGGGCCACCCUGGGGUCCAAAGUGAAGCCCAUCAAGCUGGCAGAUCGCUGCGCUGAAGUUGGCCAGAAAUGCAACAUCUCGGGCUGGGGCACCGUGACCAGCCCCCAAGAUAAUUUCCCUGACACCCUCAACUGCGCAGAAAUUGAAAUCUUUCCCCAGAAGCAGUGCAAGGACGCCUACCCGGGGCAAGUCACAGACGGAAUGGUCUGUGCGGGCGACAGCCACGGAGCUGACACAUGCCAGGGUGAUUCAGGGGGCCCCCUGGUGUGUAAUGGCGUUCUCCAGGGCAUCACAUCUUGGGGCUCCGACCCCUGCGGGCGCCCCGAGAGACCCGGCGUCUAUACCAACAUCUGCCGCUACCUGAACUGGAUCAAGAAGACCAUAGGCACAGGAGACCGACCUCCACACGGUGCCCCAAAGCCCACAGCCCACCAUGGCGGGACCCCUCCUCCCUCUGCUGAUCCUUCUGCUCUCAGCGCUGGGGAGCGCCCAGCAAGACGCACCCCGGUUUCUGGGCAUUCUCUCCGUGUCUCCCCGCCACCCCCGCGUUCUCGGCCCUUGUCUGCGUUCUCUGCCGUCUUUCCAUCUGUCUGUCCACCCGUCUGUGUGUCUCCACCCGUCUCCCUCUGGCUUCCCUGCUCACCGGCGCUUCCCUAUCUCUCUCCAGGCCAGGGCGACAAGAGCGGGGAGAAGAUCAUUGACGGGGUCCCGUGCACUCCAGGCGCCAACCCCUCGCAGGUGGCCCUGCUGCGGGGGAACCAGCUGCAUUGUGGGGGUGUGCUGCUCAGCGAGCGGUGGGUGCUCACCGCCGCCCACUGCAAGAUGAAUCAGUACGUGGUGCACAUGGGCAGUGAGAAGCUGGAAGACAGGGGCAGCCAGAAGAUCCGGGCCACAAGGUCCUUCGUCCACCCGCAGUACUCCACGCAGACCCACGUGAAUGACAUCAUGCUGGUGAGACUCAACACGCCGGCCAGGCUGACAGCCAGGGUGAAGAAAGUCAGCCUCACCUCCCGCUGCGAGCCCCCCGGGACCAUGUGCACCGUUUCUGGCUGGGGCACCACCACCAGCCCUGACGUGACCUUCCCCACGCAGCUCAUGUGCACGAAUGUCAGGCUCAUCUCCCCCCAAGACUGCAAGAAAGUUUACAAGGACCUGCUGGGAGCGUCCAUGCUGUGCGCCGGCAUGCCCGACUCCAAGACGAACGCCUGCAACGGGGAUUCAGGGGGACCCCUGAUGUGCAAAGGGACCCUGCAAGGCCUGGUGUCCUGGGGAACCUUCCCUUGCGGCCAAGUCAACGACCCAGGGGUCUACACCCAAGUCUGCAAGUUCUUCAAAUGGAUAAGGGAGACCAUGAGGCGAUACCGCUAGUCAGCGCAUCUCUCCACCCAGACAGGAAACGAACACCCCGACAGGAAACGGGCAGAAAUCAGACUUCCCGUGGCCUAGACUCACCUUUACCUUUCCUCGAAGACACCUUAAAACUUCCACAUCAUGUCACAUGUGUGAGCCCAUCGAAUUGGCAAGGACCUCAAGCCCUAUCAGGAACCCCGAAUCCUCCACGCUCCUCCGCUGCUGCGUGCACCCAGCACUCCUCCACCGGGACUAGAAACUGGUUACUUUUCACAGCGGGUGACACCCCAUUCACCACCUAAGACCCGUCACCCUCAUUCUCGGGAAAGACCCCCCGGGACCGACAUGUGGCGCAGGGCUCGAACUCGUGACCCAGUCACACCAGGGCCGGACGUGCCAGCAGCGUGGACUGUACACAGUGGGCCGGGCUGAGGCAGGACACAGGCAGCCGCCAACGAGGACGGCGCAGAGCUGUGUCGUGCAAGAACACUUAUGCUGCCUGCUGUGCUGAGAAGCGGGAGCCACAGGCAGGCCAGAUCUCUGCUCCCCGCUGUUGUACACUGAGUCACAGAAUAAAGCUCACAGGCU